AUGUCUUUCCUUCCAGUUAUUGAAAAAGUAAACUCUUUCAAGAGCCCGGAAUUAUUCUACACAUUCCUAGAUCAUGAAGGUGUUACGGAAUUGGGCUAUAUAUCACCUCGUAUAGCGCAAUUCUUCCAACUAGAGGUUGCAUCGUUUGAAAUAGAUGUUGAGAAGAAAACUAUUAGAAUUAGAAACCAUUUCGAUACCCUCGAAAAACGUAAUAAACUCUUUGAAGAAGUCUCCUCCAGGUGGCGAACCAUUGCCGAACUUGACGAAUUGUUGAACAAAGGGUGGAGAAAUGAAGCAUACACUAUAUACAAUCCAACGUCGGUGCCUUAUUUUUACGUUGAAAGAGCAUUUUCCGUGUUGAUAGGCGUGGUCACCUACGGUGUCCACAUAAAUGGGUAUAUACCGCUAGAACAAUCAUCAAACGGCGAGUUGAAGCUUUGGAUACCAAGAAGAUCCUUAUCAAAACCGACAUAUCCCGGUAUGUUGGAUAACACGGUUGCAGGAGGACUAGAAACUGGUCGCACAUUGAUGGAAACUGCAGUGAAGGAGUGUUUUGAGGAAGCCGGGUUAAGUGAAGCUUUUGUGAAACAAAACUUGCGAAACGCUGGCGUCGUAUCAUAUAUCUACCUUACAGAAGACGGAAGAGUUCAACCAGAAGUAGAAUUUAUUUACGACUUGAAAUUCAAAGAAGAAGAUGCAAGUAUUAUCCAACCUCAAGAUGGCGAAGCAGAGGAUUUUCAAUUGAUGUCAUAUAAGGAAGUCAUAACUGCUGUAAAAGGUCAGAGAUUCAAGCCUAAUUGUGCUCUAGUGAUUGUUGAUUUUCUAAUAAGGCAUGGUUUUGAAAUCUCUUCUUCACGAACAGAAGCAAAUUUAUUUGGUGUAAGGGAAAUUAUCGAGGAGAAAAUCCCAGAGCAGCUAACGGAUGGAGGAUGGACAGGUACUGUUGAUGCAGUUAUACGUAAAGUUAAUGCAUACGAGGUGUUUUUAAAAAGAAUAACAGACUUGCUCUCAACAUCACCCAUUGAAAACCACCAAAUACUCUGGAUCGAAUGCAUUUACGAGCUCAGCAGCAACCUCCUUACACUCAAAACGGCGGCGUUUGAGCAAAUUUGUAGUACCAAUCGCGAAUCAAAUAUUGAUCAGGUUUCAGCAAUUCAAACCGAAUAUGUAAAGUUUAUCGGCAAAAUAAUGGACCUAUUUAAAGUUUGUUUGUCAUCCAAUUGCAUCGACAAAUUCACAACUAGAAUUCAAGAUCUUGUAAUUGUUCUUUGUAUGAUUAUUUCAGCCAAUGACUUUGAAUUGCAAAAUAGUCGUGUUGACAAAGUGGAUGACAAUAAGGAGAAAGAGAAAGAAGAAGGAGGAGGAGGAGAAGAAGAAGGAGAAGAAGGGCUUCUCCUGUUGAUUUUGGAAAAUGUGCAAACCUUGGUGGAAAGGACUGGAGGAGAAAAUUUAGAGCUUUUGACAGAAAUCAGCAAAACAUUGUACUUGCGAGAUAAGUCCAUUUUGAUAAUUCCCAUACUUCAUUUGUACAAUCCCGAGCUUCCAAUUGAUUUGUUAAAUAAAGGAAUUAGUAUGAAUUUUGCUGAUUUGAUAAAUUUCUACAAGUUUACCGCUUUCAAUUGUGUUUCAGUUUCAUUAAAUAGUGAGCCUUUAGACGAUUCGUAUUCCAAAAGGGCCGAUAUCUACUUUAAGAUCCUUUUAAGUUUCCCCAAUUUGAUCAUUAACACCUCGGAAGAAAUCGCUGACUUUUCCAGUGAUGCUAUUAUCAACUUGCAACUACGACAGGAGAUAUCAUAUUUAUACGUGAUCAAUUACCUUUUAGGAUUGAGGAGAAUUGAAGAUUUUUUUGAUCAGUCACAAACCUUCAAGUCAGAGAUAACUUUCUUGCUAAGGUCCAUGUCUGUUUCCCUAUCAAGAGACAUUGAAGAGCAAGCUUCUCAGCCAGGCAGUAGGUAUUCCAGUGUGGUCAACAUCCCGCUGUUAAAUUUUCCAGCACAAUCUAGUAUCUUUAUGAAAAAAUCAACAAAUCUCGGAGCCGUGAUAAAUGAAGGGACCUACAAAGAAAAAUUGAAGCUAGUUGUGAAUUUUUGCGAAACAUUGUCCCAUUCUAAUCUCAAUUCCGUCCCCACCAUGUGCGAAAAAUUGAACGAGCUCAGUUUCGAACCUUUUGGAAAUUGGAAUGCCUCAGUAACUGCAAUUGACAAAAUAAGGCGUCUUUUGAUCUUGAUUUCCAUUAAACAAGUAUAUGUAACAGGAGGAGUCAACAAUUUUUCUAUUGCAAAUUUGCAUCAUCUUUACCAUGUUGAGGAUAUAGAGAACGUAUUCCAAGUGAAGGAUCUUUUGGAUUACAAAGUACACAACGAUACCUUAACUUUGAUUCCCAAAUCUCAAAAAAUUUCUAGUGAACUGUUGAUUAGGCCAGAGCUAGAAACUAUUAGGCUAACUCGAAAAUUGAAAGAAUCGGUAUAA